AUGUCAAUGUCAAUGCAACGUCAAUAAAUUUAAAAUAAACAAAAGUUAUAAAAAAAUUAAAUUUAAUUGAAUGAAUGAAUAAUUAUUUUGUGACUUUGUGUAUGAUUUGUUGAAUCCAAAAACAAAAGUAAGACGCAUUAAGUUAUCGCGCUCGAACUAAACAAAUACCUACAUAAUUUUCUUUCAUGAGUGGGAUGAUCACACGCGCAAGCUUGAGAGCUUUUUCCACAGAAGCUCUGAAAGUUUUCAAUAAUGUUGCUAAGCAACAGUUUACUGUGGGAGUUCGAGGUGCUGAGGCUGUUAUAAGCUAUGAAAAAACUGGCAAAGAAAUUACAUUUAUCGAAGCAAAUGUUCCAGAACAGUUCCAGGGUAAAGGAGUUGGUAAACUACUAGCUAAGUUUGCAUUUGAUCAUGCUUAUAUAAACAAACUUGAUGUUGUUUGUAAAUGCCAUUUCCUGGCGAAAUAUUACGAACAUAAUAAGCAGCGCUAUAAAGGUCUGUCAGUCAAAUUGGAUCUUGAAGAGGAAGAAACAAAGAAGUAAUCAAUAUGGAAUUAACUUGGUAUAGGUGUAAUGUACAUUAUUAUUUACGUGAAAAGUGUUAUGGAAAAGCUAGAAAAAUAGUUAAAGAAGCAUUACAUUUGAAUUCUGAUAUAUCAGAGUUUCUGUUUUAUCAUGGAGUUGCCAGCAUCUUAGAAGGGCAGGUCCAGAGUGGGAUCAAUGACCUUAACCCUUUACAGUCAGACAGGGACCUUCAAUUAGCAGUGGUUAUGGCUUUAAUUUACGGCCACAAACUGGCCAGUGUGUUAGAAAGGGAUGUCUUAUAUAAUCUUGAAUCCAAGUUGAAAGAAGAGAAAAAGCAUGGCAAUACUAUGUCUUACUAUUAUGCUGGGCUAUUUUUAUCAUUUGCAGAAAAAUACGAAAAAGCUUCUGAAUAUGUUAACAAAUCACUUAAGAAGGAUUCAAAUAACAUAGAUGCUAUUAUUCUAAAGGGUUUCAAUGACAUGUACAUGACAGUAGGUGAUAUGCAGCCGUCUACUCUAGAUUACUUGGAACUUGCACUUACCAAAAGUGACAGAAAUGUGGAAGCCCUAUUAGGUCUUGCAAAGUUCAAGUAUUUUGCAAAAGAUUAUGAAGCAUCAAAUCUAACAUUGGACAGGCUGAUAGUAAGCAGUCCAAGCCAAGUUGUUCCUCUAAUUGAAAAACUGAAAAAUGAAUUUGCCUUGCAAAAAUGGGAAGCGGUUUAUGAUACAAUGGAAAGAAUAUUUCCUCUAGAACCUGACAAUAUUGAAGCAUAUAAAAUUAGAAUAUUUCUGGCGUUGUGUAAGAAUGCUGAUUAUAUUGAAGCUGCUGAUCAAUUGAACCGCUAUUUUUCAAUACUAGAAAUAGAAGAAGCAAACAAUGGCUAUCAGUUUUACAAUACAACUCAGAUAUUUUCUAAAAUCUGUGGUAGAUCCAGUGCUGUGUUGUCUCAAGCCUACAGAUUUGCACAAUAUGCCUCCGAGAUGUACCCUAAUAAUGUGGAUUAUUUGAGUGAAGUUGGAUAUCAAUGCAUACUUCAAGGGAAGUACAAAGAUGCUGUUAGUUUCUUCAAGGCUGCAAGCAAAAUUGACAGUAACUCUAUAACAGCACUGUGUGGAUUGACCCUUUGUCAGUUGUUUGAAAAUGGCCCCACUGAUCAAAUUAGCCAGCAAGUGGAGUUAUUGUUUGAGAUGCAAGGCACAAACAAACUACCAGUUUUAUACCUUCUCUCUGCUCAGCUAAAUGCGAAAAAUUCCGCAAAAGCAAUGUCGUAUUUGAACACUGCAUAUGAAACCAAAUUUAUCUUAGCAGACCGAAAUCCUUUCAGCUUGACUUACAUCAAAUACAUAGAUCCUGAUUUUCUUCUUGAAGUCUAUAAAGAGUAUCAGAAACAUUUGCCGAAGAGACCAUUUGUUAUAGUAGAUUAUUUGUUAUAUUCACAAGAAGGAAACACAACACCUGUCUCUCAUUGCUUCAAGUUACUUAAUAAGAUCUGUGAUGCAUGUCCAGGGCUGAUAAAAGCUCUAUACGAGCUGGCGAAGCUGAAAUUUUUGUUUGGAUAUUCAAUGAAGGCCCACAAAUUAGCGACUAUGGUUGGAGAAUUAGACAGUACACAUGCAGGGAGCCAAAUCCUUCUGACUCAGAUUUAUAUUCAACAGCAAGCCUAUAAUAAAGCCGCACAGUGCUUGGAAAUGUGUUUAAGCUAUAACUUUAAAGUAAGAGACAGUGCUAUGUAUCAUUUCCUCAAUGGAGUUAUACUGAAGAGUUCGAAUCAGUACCAGGAAGCUCUGUCGAGUUUUACCACCGCUGUACAAAUGGCAAAUAACAAGGCUGCCAGCAACAUGAGCCGCCUUUAUGAUUCAGACCUCAACAUCAUUGAUAAGGCCACUCUGUAUCUACAAAUUAUUGAAAUCCAAACAUAUUUGGGACAAUUAUCAGAAGCAGGGAAAACUAUGCAGGAAGCUAUCCAAGAAUUUUCUUACACAUCCGAGGAAGGUCGCCUGCUCAUAGCCCGCGCAGACAUGGCCUUGGAUAAAGCCGACGUCGACAAUGCCAUAGAUAUCCUAAACGAAAUCAAACCAGGCCAGCCCUACUACUUCCAAGCACACAGCAAGAUGGCGCAUAUUUACUUGAAACAGAAGAACGAUAGGGCCAUGUUCACGGCGUGUUUCAAAGACAUUGUGAAUAAUCAUCCGAUGGCGGACGCUCAUGUUAUGAUGGGAGAUGCCUUUAUGUCUAUUCAUGAACCGAUCCAAGCAGCAGAAUCGUACGAGGCAGCCCUAGCAGGGAGCCCUAAAGACAUCCAUCUGGUAAAGAAGUUGGGAGCCGCCCUGGUGAAGAUGCACGAGUACGACAAAGCUACGCAACAUUAUGAGAACGCUAUCAAGUUGCUCAACGAUGACGAACUUAAGUUUGAAUAUUUGGACCUUCUUAUAAAGUUAAAACAAUACGACAAAGCAGACUCAAUAAUAACAUCAGAAAUCAAUCAACUAUACAACAAAGAUAAAGACGUGAGCACUCUAAAACGCCGCGUUCGCUACCUCACCACUCAAGCGAAAUGUCGGCAGCUGAAAAAUCCAAACGGUGGCAACACUCAUCUCAUUCUCACCGAAGCGAAGGAAAUACAAAAUACCGUUGUGAAAAGAAUAGAAAUAGACUCUAGAGGAGAUGUUCAAGAGGAGAAACGUAUUCUGUCCGAAAUACUCUGCUCUUUAGCGAAAGUAAAGUCUAGUAAGGAACCCGCUGUUGCUGCGAAUCUGUACUCUGAAGCGUUGAUUCAUGUGCCGAGGGAUCCCAGUACUUUGUUGUCGUUAGCGAAGUUGUACGCUGAUAUGAACCAUCCCGAGAAAUGCGAGCAGACUUGCGCUGUGUUGUUGAAUACCGACCCCAAUAACGAGGCGGCGGCUGUCAUGAUGGCCGAUCUAGCAUUUCGAAAGGUGGACUUCGAAACGGCCCAGCGCCAUCUAACUCAAAUCCUUUCAGUGAAGCCGCUCAGUUGGGAGGCGCUCGCGCAACUCAUCGAGGUCCAAUGGCGGCGCGGCAAGCUCUCCGAAGCCGAUUCAGCGCUUGAUGCCGCAAAAAUGGCGCUAGAAGACAGUGAGGACCCAGGGUACUACUACUGCCUGGGCACGUACUCGUGCUGCGCCGGACGCGCCACCGCGGCGCUGCGACAGCUCAACGCGGCGCGGCGCGCGGCCUCGCGUGCGCCGCGCGCCGCCGCCCGCAUGGUGCUCUUGUGUCUCGCGCACGACGCGCCCGACGCAGACGCCUUCGCCGGGAACGGGGAUGACUCGGACACAAGAACACUAGCGCUGCGGACAGCUGAAAAACUUCUAGUAGAAGUGGCGCCAACUGAGCGUAAAUCGCUUCAAGCGCUUCUCCAGCUGGCGACCAGACAGAAACAGCAAGCGGAGAAAGUGCUACAGGAGUUACUGCCUCUCGUCACCGAGGACGUGUACCAGGACGACCCCUAUUUGAUACUGGCCAUUGCUAAUGCGUACAACAUAAUAAAACAACCGACGCGAGCCAAGAACAUCCUAAAGAGGACGAUAUCAUCAAUCCCUUGGAGUCCGGAGAAGGCGGACGGCCUGGAGAGAUGCUGGCUGGAGGUGGCCGACAACCAAGUGAGCUCGGGCAGAGCGGACGCUGCGAAGGAACUGCUCACUAAAAUACUGAACCAUAAUAACUCGUGUGCCGCUGCCUACCAAUACUUGGGCAUAUUAGCUGAGAAAGAGCAGAACUACAAAAGCGCGGCCCACAACUACGACAACGCCUGGACUCACGGCGGCAAGGCCGACCUCGCCGUCGGCUACAAACUGGCGCAUGCGCACCUCAAGCUGAAGAAAUACCCGGAAUGUAUCGUGGUCUCGCGACAUAUACUCAAGGUGCACCCGGACUAUCCUAAGAUUAAAAAGGAAAUACUGGAUAAGGCUCGGACUAAUUUAAGAACAUAAAACGUCACUGUGUAUAUUUGCGCAUGCGCACUUCAAGCUGUAAAAAUACCUGGAAUGUAUUGUGGCCUCCCGAUAUACUCAGGGUGCACCCGAAUUACCCGAAGAUUAAGGAGGAAAUAUUAAAUAAGGCUCGGAUUAAUUUGAGAAAGUAAAAUAUACCUGAGAUAAAUUUAAAAUAAAUUUUAAGGAUACUACUUAAACCUUUUUUAAAGUUGUAUUGAAAACUAUACAUAGUAUCAAGGUUGGUAGGAUAUUUGAACGUAAAGGGAGAACAAGAACACAAAAAUGUAAAUAAUACUAAACUGUAAUGUAGCUAAUAUGAAAUUAACAGAAAUGUAAUACAAUUACACAGUAAUGCUGUUCGUACAAUAAACGGUCAUGUUCGAA